CUCACAUGAAACAUGGCACUUGUCGGACCCGACACGCUCCGGGGAUUAACGGUAACAGAGCAGCGACCUGCGAAGAGGAUCGCGAAGCAGGUUAAGCUUUCAGUGAGCGAGUAACCGGGCGACAGCUUGGCCGGGACGUUACUGCUCUUUUUAUUCUGCUUCAUUUUCUGCCCUUUUAUACAUUUUCCUCUUCUCUUUAACUCCUGACUGCAGCGGAGACCCACAGAGUUGAGAGAGGGUGAGCGACGGGAAGAGACACUCAGAGACAGAAAGAGAGAGAGAGCAAGAGAGAGAGGACAGCGAGAAAGAGAACGGGAGGGAGUGGGUGUAAAAGAAAAUCCCAAAUUCGAUAUUAAAAGCUUGUCUGACAAGCCAGGAAAUGUACUGGUUUGGAUUUUUAAGUGCUUAAUAACCAACAAACUCUCCCUAACCCGCGGAAUUUUUCUGGAUUAAUUUGAGUUUUCCACCCCCUUUUUCCUACCUGGGAUAUUUUCUGCCUUGCAGCGGAAUUCUCCCUGUUUCACCUGCCCUAGGUGAAAGAGGGAGGAGAAGGAGCGGAAGAAGAGGCGAGAAAUAGAAGACAAAAAGAAGGAAGAUAGAGAACAGGAAGGAGACGGGUGGAGGGCUAAGAGAAUCACUCCAGUUUUCUCUCGGAUGGGAUUCUUCCCUUACCAAGCGGAUGGAGGGAUGAAACCGGGAGAGAAGAAGACGGGGGAGAGUGUGAAAGAGAGAGGAGCGAGAACAAGAGGAGGAUGUAGUCGUCGGGCGCUGUGAGAAUGCAAAACGGACGCACCCCUCCGGAAGACCGGAUUGAACUAUAAACCUAAACGGAAUUUACAGACAACCAAAGGAUAUUACGCACAUUUACUAAGAUAUAUACGUAUAUGGGGUAUAUUUUCGUAUUUGGAGCCUAUUUGUGUGGAAUUACAACUAUAAUUGUCGCAAUAAUGGGAUUUGGAGAAAUAAUUGCGCGCUGACAGCCGGUGAACGAAGAAAACGUAUCCUUGAAAGAGUGAGAAAAACCCAGGAGAAAAUUUUGGACCUGUACCUUCAUCCAUGAUGCUGUAGCUGUGGUAGCCUUGGUAACAUGUGAAUCCUGCGGCGUGUCAUCAGCAUUUACAUCUCUAAAGGUGUGAGGAGGAAAAGGGAGAGGACAGGGAGAAGAGAUAAAAGAGGAAAAAAACAAAAGGAGGAGUAUAAUUCACACAUGAGAGGAGACGCAGGUACAUAGGACGCACACUCUAAGGUGUUGUUUCCAGGUACGGGGGGUAACCAUGGAAAGGCUGCUACUGUGUGUAAUGCUGGCCGUCGCCAUGGCUGUGCGGGCACAGAUAUGCCCAAAACGCUGCGUAUGUCAAAUACUGUCACCCAACCUGGCAACCCUCUGUGCCAAGAAAGGUCUACUAUUUGUCCCACCCAACAUUGACAGACAUACAGUGGAGCUACGACUGGCUGACAAUUUUGUCACAAGUGUGAAAAGAAAAGAUUUUGCAAACAUGACGCGUUUGGUGGACCUAACAUUAUCCAGAAACACCAUUUCCUACAUCACACCUCAUGCCUUUGCUGAUCUGGAAAACCUCAGAGCCCUACACCUCAACAGCAAUCGACUGACGAGGAUAGGCAAUGAUACAUUCAGUGGGAUGUCCAAGCUUCAUCACCUGAUUCUGAACAACAACCAGCUGGUCAUGAUUCACCAGGGAGCAUUCAAUGACCUGCUGGCACUGGAAGAAUUGGAUCUUAGUUACAAUAACCUCGACUCUAUUCCAUGGGAGGCCAUCCAGCGAAUGACAAGCCUCCACACGCUGAGUUUAGACCACAACAUGUUGGAAUACAUUCCAGAGGGAACCUUUUCCCUUUUACAGAAACUAAACCGGCUGGAUGUCACCUCUAAUAAACUCCAAAAGCUACCACCUGACCCACUUUUUCAACGAGCACAGGUUCUAGCAACGUCAGGGAUGCACGCCUCUUCUUUUGCACUGUCAUUCGGUGGCAACCCUCUCCACUGCAACUGUGAGUUACUUUGGCUGCGAAGGCUGAACAGGGAGGAUGACCUGGAGACGUGUGCCACACCCCAGCACCUGUCUGGCCGAUACUUCUGGUCCAUCCCUGAAGAGGAGUUUCUCUGCGAGCCUCCACUCAUCACCAGAUACUCUCACGAGAUGAGGGUCCUUGAAGGCCAGAGAGUUGCUCUCAGGUGUAAGGCAAGAGGUGACCCAGAGCCAGCCAUUCACUGGAUCUCUCCUGAGGGUAAACUGGUCUCUAAUUCCUCCAGAACACUUGUCUACGCUAACGGAACUCUGGACAUUGUCAUCAGUAAGGUGCAAGACACUGGCUCGUUCACCUGCAUCUCCUCCAACCCCGCCGGCGAGGCUCACCAAACAGUGGAUUUGGUUAUUAUCAAACUCCCGCACAUUUCCAACAACACAAACAACAUCCAGGAGUCUGACACGCGAUCGUCGGACAUUUCCACAUCAACCCGAGGCGGCGCCAAUGGGAGCAACGCGACAGGUGAUGUGAAGAGUGGUGUGGAUAAGAGGGUGGUGACAGCUGAGGCCACGUCAUCAACUGCACUGAUCAAGUUCAACUUCCAGAGGAAUAUACCAGGAAUUCGGAUGUUCCAGAUACAGUAUAACGGAAGUCAGGAUGACUCACUGGUUUACAGAAUGAUCCCUCCAUCAAGCAAGAACUUCCUAGUCAACAACCUGGCAGCAGGCACCCAGUACGACCUCUGUGUCCUGGCCAUCUACGAUGACGUUAUCACCUCUCUGACAGCGACGCGAGUGGUCGGCUGCGUGCAGUUCACCACCGAGUCAGAGUACAUGAGAUGUCAUUUUAUGCAGUCUCAGUUCCUGGGCGGGACUAUGAUCAUUAUCAUCGGAGGGAUAAUAGUGGCCUCGGUUCUAGUUUUUAUUAUCAUCCUGAUGAUACGAUAUAAGGUGUGUAACCCUAGUGAGGGUGGCAAAGGCAUUUCAAUGUCAAUGACCAACGUUCACUCACAGACCAAUGGGCAGCAAUCACAGGGCUGCACCGUGACUCCAAGCUCCUCUAAACAUGGCUCAAUCGGAUUAGACGACCUCUCAGGAGGCACAAAGAGGAGUGGAGCUGCAGCAGUGGGAGGUGGGGGAAAGGAUACAAUAGCUCAGGCCUCUGAGUCUUCCCUGCCUGACUGCUCCACAGCCACAUCGGUUCUCAGCCAGGCUUGGUCAGCCAGAAGCCCAACAGCUGGAGCCGAGGAACGAGAGAAAACAGUUGAAGAGAGAGCUCAAGCCGGCAUUGCAUCACCCACCACCACCACAGGCUCCCUACACAAGCCAAAGCGAAAGCCCGCCCCAACUAAGCCCGGCUCUGCUUGCUCCAGUGGCCAGGGGAUGAUCGAGAACCUCCCAACUGCCUCCUCGACACGGCCACCUUCCUCCACUUCCACCGCCUCCUCCGCCCUCCUUCAUUCCUCAUCCCCCGGUCCCCUGGAGAAUCUCAACACCAACCGAAAUAACUCCACCGCUCUCAAUCAGACCCCACCACCUCCCUUUGCCUCUUCCCCUUUCUUCAGCCCCAUCGCCACACCGAGCCCAGUCCCAUCUGUGCGAUUCAGAGAGACGCCCAUCCUGCGUCGGGCUCCUCGCACCGCCGCCUCCUCUGCCAGAUAUCAGACUCUUCCUGUGGAGGAGGGAGGAAGAAGCAGAGCUAGGAGGAGGUACUCACUCAGUGAAGGAGGCUCAAAAACUCACUCCGCCCACCAGGGAGGAGGAGGAGGAGGAGGAGGAGCACCCAAAAUAGGGCGCGUAAUACGGAACAAAAGGAGCCAAUCAAUGAGCGGUAUGCUACUCCCAAAAGAUGGGGACGAAGAGUCGGACAAAGGGCGGUGUGACUCUGACUGGAUCUUAGAAAGCACAGUUUGAACUGGAAUGAGCCAGUGACCAUAAAAUGAACUUUGGUUUAUUCAUUGUUUGUCCUUUGUGUGAGUGGAUGCGUGCAGUGUGAAUCAAAGUUUUGUUUAUAGGCGUAUGCGUGAAAAGCCUGCUUGUGUCACGAAAAACUUUGUGUGUUGUUACUGUGUGUUUUCCUGUUUGAAUUUUCUUUCUAAACGUGUGACAGGAUGACUGUGUUUCUGGUAAACAUGUGUGCGCUUUUUUUUCUUUUUUUUUAAAAAAUAAUCAAUCUUUUCAUAACUUUUCUCCACAGUUAUUUGUACUUGGUUUACAGUUUACAGUUUUGUUUUCUGAUUUUGUUUCCACUUCAACAGUAUCCAUUUUGCAGUCAAUCAUUCAGCGAGUGGAUAACUUGCCUUGUCUCAUAGCGUCCUCGAGUUGUCUCGUUGGUUCCACUUUAUAGCACAAAAGAAAAACAAGACAAUGGACUCGCCACGUCAUUUCCCGAUUCACGUUCACCUUAUCUGAAAAAUACCACAAAAAGGGAAUUAAUACAGGAAAUAAGAGGAAUAAAAAAUACAAAAAUGGGAAAAGCACACCAUUCUUAAUGUUCACAAGCUCACAGAGAUGUGCAUCCAUAAUGUGGCAAGAGAAUAGCAGUCGGUGCCUUCUUUUGCACUAACAGACCCUCACUAACAGAUACUUUAACCGGAUUUAGGACUCCACCAUGGCUCCACGAAUGAGGGGACGGAUUAAGGAAGAGAGAUUUCACACAUAGCCUUUCUUACCUAUUGCGGAGUACCGACCUUUUCUGGACAUAUAAAGACAAAAUGUUACAGACAGAUGAAGACUUUAAUGAACCUCUUAUGAAAUUGAUAUUUUUUAAAGGGAAGUAUUAAAAAAAAGCAAAGAAAAAAAAAGCAACGUGAGAACCUUGUGAGCUUUUCACUGACACUGGUAUAAUACAGCCUGUGUUGGUCACAAGCUCACAGAAAGCUUCUGUACAGAAAAAGACAACAUGUACUGUGUUGUUAUGUUGUGUAAAAUAAAAAAGGGAUAAAAUGAAAA